CGCCAGAGCUCAUGAAAAAAAAUUAGAGAAGGAGGACAUAAGAUGGAGAGAAAUCGACACUAAUAUGGCACUGGAAUCUCAAGUUAAAAAACUGAAGAGGAUUUUGGAGAUACAGAGGAAAAACAUAAAAUGUCUCAAAUUGUCAUCUGAUCAGGAUAGCAAAAUAUGGGAAAGGAAAUACUUAAUUCUAAGGAACAGCCUCCAUGCCCUCAAGGAUGAGAUGUUUACCAGACAGUCAUUUAUUCGCCAGUUUAUAACGCUUUCCGACACAUCCUUCAAUUAUCAUAAAGCAAAGCCCUUAUACAUAGAAGCAAAAGGAAAGAACCAACCACAGAAAGGGAAAAAAAUUAAACCUACAAUUUUGCCUCCUUUAAGAUCUAAAUCGUCUUCUUCAGGACGUGAAGUGGUAGAUGUUGUCCUUUCUUUGCCCCCUAUAUCAAAAGGAACAAAGAUGCUGAAGAAAGCAAUAUAGGAUACUAGAUUCUGUGCUCACUGAAAGCAGAAUUAGCC